CAACCGACGAACAAAUAAACAAACAAAUAAGAGGAGUUAUAUAUAGUAUUGGAAAGAUGCGUCUAACUUUAGUGGCUCUUAUUGGCAUCCUGUGCCUGGCCUAUGUGUAUGCCCUGGAUGAUAUUGAUACCUCUGCCGAUGGCGAACAACCAAUUGGACUCUUAGAUGUGGCUGGUCCUGCAGAAACCCAUGAUAACACUGGCGCUCGAGAGGCUAGAGGCUAUGGCGGUGGCUGGGGAGGCGGCUACGGAGGCGGCUGGGGAGGCGGUUACGGAGGCCGCUGGGGAGGCGGCUGGGGAGGAGGCCACAGAGGCGGAUGGGGCCGUGGUGGUGGUUGGGGCCAUGGUGGUGGUUGGGGCCGUGGUGGCGGAUGGGGUUGGGGCAAAUAAGUUCCAACCGGUUAU